AGCCGGCCGGCCGGCGGUUUUCCCUCAGUCAGUCAGCGAGAGAGCGGCAGGCAGGCAGGCAGGCCGGAGGUGCGCGCGCUCUUUCUCCUCAGGCGGAGAUGGGCGCUCGGGGAGGCCGGCUGCCGCCACUGCCUUCGCCUCGGCCGCUCCUCUCGCCGCCUUCGAGGCCCUCUUGACCGCCAUGGAGGUGGAGCCGGAGCCCGAGCCCCCGCCGGCACCCGGGGCAGGAGCAGGAGGAGGAGGCGGCGGAGCCGGGACCAGGCCGCAGCAGCCCCCACUCCCGCCCCUGCCCCCGCCGCCCCCGCCGCCCCCGCCCCCUUCCUUCCCGCCCCCUCAGAACGGGUUUUGCCGAGAAUCUUCAUCCGAAAACGAGCCACCUUCUGUUACAGAUGUCGAACAGAUGAACUCCCCUUCUUCCGUGCUCCCCUUGAACACAGGCAAUGACCGGGUUGACCAACGCACCUGUCUGAUCUGCGGCGACCGCGCAACCGGCCUGCACUACGGCAUCAUCUCCUGCGAGGGCUGCAAGGGCUUCUUCAAGCGGAGCAUCUGCAACAAGCGGGUCUACCGAUGCAGCCGCGACAAGAACUGUGUCAUGUCCCGCAAGCAGCGCAACAGGUGCCAAUACUGCCGGCUGCUCAAAUGUCUCCAGAUGGGGAUGAACCGGAAAGCAAUUCGCGAAGACGGCAUGCCUGGGGGCAGAAACAAGAGCAUCGGACCAGUCCAGAUCUCUGAGGAGGAGAUCGAGCGGAUCAUGUCUGGACAGGAGUUUGAGGGGGAGGCCAACAUUUCCUGGAGCAACAACGGGGACAGCGACAACAGCUCCCCUGGGAACGGGGUCUCGGAGAGCAACCAGCCCUCCCCAGUCUCCACCCCGUCCUCAAGUAGGUCUGUGGAGCUGAAUGGAUUCACCGCCCUCAGGGAUCAGUAUAUGGGAACGCCGAUGCCUGCGCCCUAUCAGUACCUUCCGCACCUUUUGAGCUGCCCGGCUCAUGCGGCCAUCGUGCCCUCCCAGCCCCGGAGCCACGACCCACAGUCCCACGGCCUCCUCAUCAGCCAGCUGGUGUCUGCCGAGGACUUGGAGCCCCUGGGCACCCCCAUGCUGAUCGAAGACGGGUACAAAGUGACUCAGGGCGAGCUCUUUGCCUUGCUUUGCCGGCUGGCGGACGAGCUGCUCUUCCGCCAGAUCGCCUGGAUCAAGAAGCUGCCCUUCUUCUGCGAGCUGUCCAUCAAGGACUACACCUGCCUCUUGAGCUCCACUUGGCAGGAGCUGAUCCUGCUCUCCUCCCUCACCGUCUACAGCAAGCAGAUCUUUGGGGACCUGGCCGACGUGACCUCCAAGUACUCCCCCUCGGAUGACGAGCUCCAGCGGUUUAGUGAAGAAGGGAUGGAGGUGAUGGAGCGACUCAUCUACUUGUACCGCAAGUUCAACCAGCUGAAGAUCAGCAAGGAGGAGUAUGCGUGCAUGAAGGCCAUCAACUUCCUCAACCAAGAUAUCCGAGGCCUGGCAAACGCUUCCCAACUGGAGCAGCUGAACAAACGCUAUUGGUACGUGUGCCAGGAUUUCAUGGAGUACAAGUAUCCCCAUCAGCCAAGCCGGUUCCCGGAUCUGAUGAUGUGCCUGCCGGAGAUCCGUUACAUUGCAGGGAAAAUGGUGAGCGUCCCGCUGGAGCAGCUGCCGCUCCUCUUUAAGGCCGUGCUGCACUCCUGCAAGAGCGGCUUGGCCAAGGAGUGAGCAGGACGAGGAGGAGGAUCCCUGCCGUUGGGGCUGAAGACGGGAAGCGGCCGUUUGGCGGGGCAAUGGGUAGCCUUGCCGCUCUAGCAGGAAUCCUGGGUUUUGUAUUUUUUUUACUCGUUUCCUAUAAUAUUUAUUUCACGACAGAGCUGAAUGUAUGAUCUUCCACCCUCCUCCCUGCACUCCCUGCGAGGCAUUCUGCCCGAGUGCGGCCCCUCUUGCAGUUUACAGAAACGUGAAGGUAUUUGUGACAGUGUUUUUAGGGUAGGCCUUUUGUACUGGGGGGGCUGGGGUGGGGCAGAAGGGAGGGGCGGUGGGUGGGCCGGGGCUGACGACUAAAACUACCUCAAGCAGAGAAAGGGGCCGUUGGCCGUUCACUGCAGGCCACGCUCGCCCAAGAAAGCUCAUCCUUCUCAGGUUCGUUUCUCUCCUGGAGAGAUGCAAAGUGACACCGGGGUGCAGGGGGGCGAGGCACGGCAUGGCAACUCCCAAAUUGAGACCCACUUCUCCCCUUCCUCUUCCACAUCCACACGCGCACUCUUAUUAACCACUGUCCCAUCACAACGACACCACACCCUCUUUUUCGAGUAUAAAGGCACAGGGGACAGUCUUGAUAAUCAAAUUAAACAGUAACUUACAGUACAAAAGACAAUUUUUAUGUACAUACAAAUCUCUUCCACAUCCACACGCAGACUCUUAUUAACCACUGUCCCAUCACAACGACACCACACCCUCUUUUUUGAGGAUAAAGGCACAGGAGACAGUCUUGAUAAUCAAAUUAAGUAGUAACUUACAGUACAAUUUUUAUGCACAUAUACAAAUCCCAAACAAAAAUAUUUCGCCAUUAUUUGUGGGCAACGAUUACAUUUUUGAGUUUCCGAAAACACAAUGCCCCCGUGUUGAGGAGACAGUCUUGAUAAUCAAAUUAAACAGUAACGUACAGUACAAUUUUUAUGCACAUACAAAUCCCAAGCAUGUCGUUCAAAAAUAUUUCGCCAUGAUUUGUGGGCAAUGACUAAGUUUUUGAGUUUCUGAAAACACAAUGCCCCAGUGCAGUGUUGAGAAGACAGUCUUGAUAAUCAAAUUAAACAGUAACUUACAGUACAAUUUUUAUGCACAUAUACAAAUCCCAAACAAAAAUAUUUCACCAUUAUUUGUGGGCAACGACUAAGUUUUUGAGUUUCCGAAAACACAAUGCCCCGGUGUUGAGGAGACAGUCUUGAUAAUCAAAUUAAACAGUAACUUACAGUACAAUUUUUAUGCACAUAUACAAAUCCCAAACAAAAAUAUUUCGCCAUGAUUUGUGGGCAACGACUAAGUUUUUGAGUUUCCGAGAACGCAAUGCCCCCGUGUUGCCACAACAACCAUGACUUGUGGGCAAUGACUACGUUUUUGAGUUUCCAAGAACGCAAUGCCCCGGUGUUGCCACAACUGCCUCUUUCCACAACCCGUUUUGCAUCGAGACACUUGGCACCUUUCUAGGAGAGAUGCCCAGCUGGUAGAUGGAUCCACCAAUCUAGGAAACAGCCGUGGAUGUGCGUGGCAGAAGCAGGAGGAAGGGCUGGCGGCUGCGGCAAGCACCCCACUCAUGCCUUGGGAUGCUCCCUGUCUCUUCCGGUCUUGCUUUGCUCCCCUCCUCCCCUCCCUCGCACUCGCCUCCUCCUCCCCAACAGUGUUGCUGCUGCUGAUUCCAGCAAUGUGAAACGGGUAAUAGCCACAGGCAGCUGGAGCUGGCCAGCCUUUGGUGGCUUUGUGAAUCCCCUCCCCUGGUGUCCCCGUUCUUUUGUUCUUCACCUGACAAGGUGUCCUCCUCCUCCAGCUUUGAACAUAAUAAUAUACCUCAAAGGGCGGUCGGGGAUUGGACCCUCUCCUCUGCCCGCCCUUCUGUCUGUCUGUCUAUCUAUCUGUCCGUCUUGUGUUUUGAAACUAGAAAAGUGCUGCCUGCCCAAACGUUGGUGUUGUAUUAUUAUUUUUUGUUAUUGUUGUUGUUACUACUUUGGAAAAGCGGUCCACAAUACCUCCGGCGAGAUGACGUUCCCUUCCGGGGAACACAUUGCACAAACGGAAGAAUCGACCUCCCCUUUUUGGCUAGCGAUGGAUAGAUCCCUGGCUGUGGGAAGCUUUCUGUUUUCUCGCACGCACAGCCAGUCUUUCAAAAGGAGAGACGCAUUGCAUGGCAGCUCUUCAGCCUUUGCAUAGGGCAAGGAGGGAGGAUGCCAGUCCCUUUUUCCGUGUUAAGGGCUCCCUCCCAUUGCCCAAAGUCUCUGGGAGCAGAGAAACCAGGCUGGGCCCAGGCAUGAGCCAAGAGGCCGUGGCAGCAAGCCAGGAGGCGACUCGUUGGGCUGCCAUUUAUGCCUCCCGAAACCAAGUCCGCUCACGACUUGGGGUUUUAUUUUGAAACAGGGUAAAGUGAAUGUAAUGUGUUGCGGACUCAGGUAUUAUGUGAAGAAAAAUAGGAAUGUAGCUAGAGGUGUAGAGACCGUAGGUCACUCACUAGAUGGAUUUGUGAAUUUGGUUUGAAGGACACUCUACAAGGAUUGGAAUUGGUUUUUGUAGCAUUCUUUGCUCAGCACGCAUUUUGCAAAUGGGCUGCAGGAUCAUUUUAUACUUCAGGCUUUUACCAGGCAUUCAUUCCCUGUGGCUUCCCUCUCCACCGCCCGGGUUGCUUUGAGCUCUGGCUUUCAACAACCCAGAUGUGACAAAGCCUCCCAACCAAUAAUAAUAAUAAUAAUAAUACUUUAUUUUUCUAUCCUGUCACCAUCUCCCCAAAGGGACUUGGGGCGACUAACAUGGGGCCAAGCUAAAACAAGUUAAAACAAGUAUCAAUAACUAAAAACAGUAUCAACACAAUAAUCAAAUAAAAUAACCAAUUACAAUUAAAACACAAUUAAAACAAGGAGCCCCAGUGGCAAAGUGUGUUAAAGCACUGAGCUGCUGAACUUGCAGACCGAAAGGUCCCAGGUUCAAACCCCGGGAGCGGAAUAAGCACCCGCUGUUAGCUCCAGCUCCUGCCAACCUAGCAGUUCGAAAACAUGCCAAUGUGAGUAGAUCAAUAGGUACCGCUCUGACAGGAAGGUAACAUUGGCACUCCAUGCAGUCAUGCCAGUGGCCACGUGACCUUGGAGGUGUCUAUGGACAACGCUGGCUCUUUGGCUUAGAAAUGGAGAUGAGCACCAACCCCCAGAGUGUGAGUAGAUCAAUAGGUACUGCUCUGGUGGGAAGGUAACGGCAUUCCAUGCAGUCAUGCCAGUGGCCACAUGACCUUGGAGGUGUCUACGGACAACACCGGCUCUUUGUCUUAGAAAUGGAGAUGAGCACCAACCCCCAGAGUGUGAGUAAAUCAAUAGGUACUGCUCUGGUGGGAAGGUAACGGCGCUCCAUGCAGUUAUGCCUAUGGCCACAUGACCUUGGAGGAGUCUACAGACAACGCCGGCUCUUCGGCUUAGAAAUGCAGAUGAGCACCAACCCCCAGAGUCAGGGGAAACCUUUACUUUUACCUUACAAUCAUUACAAAAAAGCACAAUUAUUGUUAAAAGAGCAUGAUUCUAUGCAAAUAUCUACUCCGAGUUUUGAAAGCGAUGUAGCCCUCUCUCCCAUCACACACACCCGCAUGCACAACACCCAUCUGUCCAUCCUGAUAGAAGCAAAAAAAGACGCCAAUUUCUCCAGAAUGACACUCACACAGAGAAGCUGCUAAGACUGGAAAGAUUUCUCUUUCCUAACUUCCAUCACUUUCCAUAAAGUCAAACAGUAGGAUCAGAUUCUCUCUUUGCCAUUCAGUUCAGUCCUUCAAACCGUUUUUGUUUGUUCUGUUCUGCUGUUUAUAAACUUGAAUUUCUUUUUUUAAAAAAUAUUUCUAAAGCAAACUAAUAGAAAACACAACCAAAAAAAAUAUUUUUGUGUGUGUGGGGUAGGGGAACCAUAGCACCUCUCUCUCUCCUCGCCCCGCUGCCACCACCGUUCUACCUCAUCUUGAGCCAACGGAACCGGGAGCGACGGGUUUGCACAGUUGGCCGAGACCAAGGUGGUGGCACCGCUUCUUUUUCUCGGGCUUGGAUGUGUCAAUCAGGACGGCCCUGGUGGGUGGCAGGAGCGUGAAGCCAAUGUGGUUGGGGUCCUUUGAAACUUAUAUUCAGGUAGCAAAGUGAUGGGUGGCAGCAGCGUAGACCUUUGGCAUUUCCUGGGUUCCCCGUGGACGGCCUUCGGGCUGCCCACGGACGCUCAGGGAUAUGUAUUUAAAUUGAAUCCAGAGAAACGCCCAUGGGCGCUGUUGUCACCUCCCUGGCCUAUCCACAGCCAUCCCCUGUCCUUUGAAGCCUAUUGUGGCUGAGAAACCUCCCCCCUUGACCCUGAUUCUGGACUCAAGAACCUCCCCAUCUGGGCACCCACCGACCUCAACUGAGCCGCCUUUGUGAUUGAGACAUUUUUUUAUUUUCUUUCCUAUGUAUGAAAUCGUCUUGUACUAGUUGUUGAUAACGUUAUUGACUCAAUUUCCAUAACAAAACUACCUCUUGUGUGACAUCCUGUUUAUCAUCUCAAAGGGAUUGUGCGGAAAAAAGUAAACAAAGCAUUUGUAAAUUUCAUUGUCCCUACCCCCCCACCCCCAAAUGCUUCCCUCUUUAAUCAGUUUCUGAGUGGAAACAGAAAGUGUGGGGAGUGGACGUGGCUGUCACUGCUGUGGGUGUCUUGCACUCCUUUUCGGUCUCUCUAGUUCUUCUUACAUGUUGCCUGUGAAAUACGCACAUAUGGGUUUCAACUGCGCCUGCGCAAGACUUCGGAACAUUCUAGAGCUUGAGAAAGCAGCAAAUUGGCGGUAGCCCCGCCCCUUCUCCCCAUACACAAUAUAAGUAGUAGGCAAGCAGUGGUUUUGCCAGAGCUGGUUCCUGACAGAUAUCAGAGUGGGCAAAGUGUGGCCUUUCAGAAGUACAGUGGGUGCAAAUCAUCCAUUCACAACUGUUACAGACUGUCCAGCGCAUAAACGCUCCGAAACCACUUGUGCCCACAGACAUGCAAACUCAGGGCAGGAUGCUAUUGUGUCACUACAGAUUGACCAAGAAAAGAUAUGAGAUUCGACAGAAUUGACAAACCCAAGUUGGCUCCUAAUUAUUGCACUGUUGUCUAGAGACUGGCAUACCUACAUUAACAAAGCCUCUGACAAAGAAGCUCCUUUUUACAAAGUCUUUUUUCCUCACCCUCUGGAAGAUUUUUUUCCAGCAGCAUUGGAAUUGAGGGAAUGGUGAAAGUGGGCUGGAUAACCUUAUAAUCCUGGUCCUGGUCAGGCUGACUGGUCUGUGCUUCCCCAGUUCUUCUUUUUUGCCCUUUUUGAAGAGAAGGAUAAUAUUUACUCUUCUCCAGUCCUCUGGCACCGUUGAGCAUGUCAGCAAGUUCCUUUAGUACACUGGGAUGCAAUUAGUCAACAGAUUAGAACUCUUAGGUAAAUUAGGUGACUCCUGACAAUCUCCUUGAUUUACAAUCGGCCUCUGCUGAUGCAAGUUCUCUUCUAAGGAGAAAACGAAAGCAAAAUAGACACAGAGUAGUUCAGCCUUCUCUUGACUGCCCCAUUUCAGUGAUGGGAGUUGACCAGUACCUCCCAGUAUUCUUCACCUUUAUACAUGAUGGUUAGACUUCUUUGGAUGAAGCCCAAAAUCACGUUGGCCUUUUGAGCUGCUGCAUCACACUCUUGACUCAUGUUGAACUUGUUCACCACGAAGUCCAACAUCUGGAGGGGCCACAGGAUUCCUAACGCUGGCUCACUGUGAGGAACAUUGUUUAGAGAAACAUUGUUGUGCUGUGAUACCAUGAUCUAUAUAUAUAAAAGAGUGAUAGCAUCACGGCGACCCACAAAACAACAAAACUACAGGCCCCCCAACCUCGAAAUUUGACAACACAACCCAUCAUCCACGGCUCUAGGUUGAUACAACAAAAAGAAAAGAAAAAUAAAGUCCUAAUUAGAGAGAGAGAUGAAUAAUUGCUUUUAUCCAAUUGCUGCCAGUUAGAAGGCUAAGCUCCUCCAACUUGGUCUCCUAGCAACCCAAUAAAAAUAAUAAAAACACUAAAAAAUAAAUAAAAAUACACAUCCACACACUGGAAGAUGCCCAAGGCACAACGGCCACCUCCCCACAUUCUUGCCCAGCUCUGUUUAGCUUACUAUUGCCCACUGCCUCUACUACAGCCAUUUGGAAGUAGGAAGAAAUUGUUGAGAAGGAGGUGUCAAACCAUUGAUGGUGCUGAUCAGAAUGUGUUUUCCCCACAAUCCCUUGUCAUAAAUCAGGGACACAGGAUGUCACCAUAACAUAACAAAUAGUGAAUGUUUAGCUGUUAUGUUUUUUUUUUAACCUGCUUGGAGCAUAUGGGGCAAAACCGCAUGGCGCAGGCAUCCGUCCCGCCAAAGUCUGGACUGAGAAGGUCAUCCCAGCCAUGCGGCAGGCCGGACACCUCCCUCGUGGGCCUCUCCAAGCUCCGCUCUGUGACUUGACUACCUGUGGAAAUGUGACCAAUAAGUGUUAAACGCAUGUUUAGCCAAGUGUUAGAUAUUUGAACUAAUAAAUGUGAAUGGUUCUUGCACGUUC